UCCCUUAGUAAGGUAUCCCUAACUACCCUGUGCGGGUAGUUCACUUAGGAGUACCCUUUCAUAGGGUAGUAAAAGGUCGCACACGUUACGCGGCAAUCACAUGUGUCUGACCGGAUUCAAUAAACCCUUUCAGGUUGCAAUUAGAUUCUCUUGUUUGACUUUGGUGGCCAGCAGGUAAGUUGUUGAAACCACCAAUAAGAUAACGCUGUCGUGUCAGAUUGCCAAUUAAUGGAAUUAUGCUACAGUACUACUUAGUAUUUUAUUGAUUAAAUCAAUAGAGUGGAAAAGCAAGCUUAAUGAUUAGUACAGAUAGAUAAUAGAGAGUAAUAGUAUCUUCUUCUUCUAACACCAUUUUUGAAUUUGAACAUUAUUAUUAAAUUUUCACACACAAAACAAAAUAUCAAUGGAUGUAGCCAUGCUUUCUCAUUCAAUUUCCAACAUCCUACAAUGGACAAACUACUUAAAACCUCUAGCAAAUCGUUUAUCAGGAAUUGACAUCAACCAACUUGAAAUCAUUCUUAAACAAAUCAAUGAAAAAGUUCAAAAACAGAGCAACUCUAAGUGGCUUCAAAAUGUUAAAGAUGUAGUCAUUGAUUUGAGUGAUUUGAUGGAAGAUCUUCGUUAUAAGGAAAGUACCAGUGGUUCAACAAAAUCGCUUAUCAGAUCGGGCUUAAACGUUAAGAAUCGUUUCAAAGCUACACUUCAAGUUAAGAAAGCCACAGAGGAACUCAAAAGGUUGAUUGAAGAAGUGGCAAAGGGAGAAGAACAAGAAGAAGUGGUUGGUAGUAAUGUGAAUGAGGAAAGAAAGUUUGCAUAUGAAGUGUUUGAGAAAAUUACUAUGUGUGGUAGAGAAAAUGAAAAGAAGGAGAUUAUACAUCAAUUGCUGAACAUGAACAAGAACAACUCCGACGAUGUUCCUGUUCCUGUUGUUAUUGUAAUUGUUGGUGUUCCGGGGAUUGGGAAGACGAAACUUGCACGUCUUGUUUGUGAGGAUGAUCAAGUCAAAGCAAAUUUUGGGUUCCAACCAAUUUGGAUCAAUGAUCUCCACAAAAAGUUUGACGUUGAAUCCAUAGCAAAACGCGUCACCAACACCGAAGGUAAACGUCUUUUACUUGUUAUAGAUGAUUUGCGUGUUGAGAUUGAGCAUGAUGAUCUUGAGAAGUUGCAGAAGAAAUUAAAGGAAACCGUUGGUGGUACUGAUAUCACGAUGCUCGUUACUACACGGAGCAACCAUGUUGCCAACAACAUUGCUGCUGUACAUGUUCUAAAGUUGCAGGGGCUUAAUCAAGAGGAAUCUUGGUCCUUGUUUCAGUGUGUUAAUGAGCCAAUUAUUUCAACCAAAAAAGAACAAAGUACCAAUGAAUCUGAAUCCAAGCUUGAACCCGAAUGGGAGAUUGUGAGGGAUUAUGGCGGAGGAGUCCCUCUUCUGAUAGUGAUCAUAGCGAUGGUGAUCAAGAAGAACCAUAGCGGUUGUGGUGGUGACGACUGGAUUCCAGAAGCACUACAAAUGCUCAAGUUUAUCUAUUAUGACGAUCUUCCCACUUAUCAAAAGCUAUGUUUUGCAUAUUGUUCAUUGUUUCCAGAAGAUUACUUGAUUGAUUCCGAGAGAUUAAUUCAACUAUGGACUGCUGAAGGGUUUCUCCUCAGUACCAUUUCCUCCAACAGUGAUACUCUAAUUGCAGAACAACAAUUUGGUCAAGCUUGUCUCAACGACUUUGAUCCGUUGGUUUUCCAUCAAGUGGAAGAAGAAAACAAUCACCACCAAUACUGCGGUGUUGUGAGGAACAACAUGAACAACUACUUAUAUAGGAUGAACCGGUUAAUGCAUAAACUCGCAAGGCAAGUAACUGCUCGUGGCGAAAACAUCACUAUGGAUUCGAUGGUAGAAACAGUUCACGGCGGAAUGCUGCGAGUUUCGUUCAAUUUUUCUCUAGAUCUGUCGUGUGAGAUCCCUGAUUCGGUGUUUGAGAAAGCAAAAAAACUAAGAACCAUUCUUUUGCCAUACAACACUAACAACCCUCGGCUUCCACAUGAGGUAAAGAUGACAACAUCAACCUGUGAUAAAAUCUUCAACACCUUCAAGUACUCCCUACGCGUGUUGGAUCUACAUGACUUGGGAAUCAAGACGGUUCCAAGCUCUAUUGAGGAGGUGAAGUACUUAAGGUAUCUUGAUCUUUCCCAUAACAACAUGGAAAAGCUUCCUAGUUGCAUCACAACUCUUAUCCACUUGCAAACGUUGAAACUUUCUCAAUGUCACGUCCUCAAGGAAUUGCCAAAAGAUAUGGAGGAUUUGAGUAGUCUCAACCAUCUUGACAUCGAGGGAUGUUUGGAUCUAACUCACCUGCCAAGUGGGAUAAAUAAGCUCACUUCUUUACAAACAUUGUCACUUUUCGUGGCUAGCAAGAAGCAAGUCACGGGAGGAUUAAGAUCACUCACAGAUCUUAACAAUCUGAGAGGCCAGUUGGAAAUUUCACAUCUUGAACAAGUCAAGUUCUCUCCGUCCAAAGAAGCUGCUAAAGAUGAAUUUUUGAAAAAUAAACAACACCUUGAGUUCUUGACUCUAAGAUGGGAUCACGAUGAAGAGGACGAGGAUGAAAGCGAUGUUGACAAAGACAAGAAGUCACUUGAAUGUCUCCAGCCACAUCCAAAGUUGAGAGUGCUAUUAAUUGUCGGGUACAAUGGUACCACGUUGUCUAACUGGCUCGAUUCACUUCAAUGCCUUGUUAAGUUUACCUUGAACGACUGCCCGAAAUGCAAAUUUCUCCCACCAAUGGAUCAUCUUCCACAUCUCAAGGUUCUCCAACUUCGGAGAUUGGACUCUUUGGAAUUCAUUGCAAAAAACAAUCAAGUUGGUUCCUCCGCACCAAUAUUCUUUCCAUCCUUGAAGGAACUUACAAUCGCGGAUUGUCCUAAGCUUAAAAGUUGGUGGGAAAAAGACAUAUGGGGAAAUGAUAGACCAUCUUUCAAUUGCAUUUCAAAGCUAAAUAUCCAAUUUUGUCCUCAAUUAGCUUGCAUGCCGCUAUAUCCUGGCCUAGAUGAAGAGCUUGUUCUGGUGGAGUCAAAUGUAAGAUCAAUGAGGGAUACAAUGCAUUAUGCUGACAAUACUGAAAGUACUGAAACUUCUAAUUCACAGUCGCAACCGUUCUCCAAAUUGAAGUACAUGACAAUUGAGCGUAUUGAACAUUCUCCACCAGAGAGUUGGCUUAAAAACUUCAUUUCACUUGAGGAACUUCACAUUCGCGAUUGUCCUAAUUUUACGUCUCUACCACAAGGUUUUAAGUCUUUAAGUUCACUCCUAUCACUUUCUAUUGAAAGAUGUCCAAAACUUGUUCUUGAUGUCGACAUGUCUGGAACGAACUGGAAUAAACCAACUGAAUGGGAGGGUCUAAAAAACCUGAGUUCUCUUGUAUUAAGGAGUAUUUCAAAAUUGAAGUCCCUUCCAUGGGGAGUUGAAAAUGUGAAAUCUUUGAAAGAGUUAAGAAUUUAUGAUUGUCAGGCUUUAACUUCUCUACCUGAAAGCAUUGGUAACCUCACUUCACUUGAAAAACUGGUUAUUUCUGAAUGCAGAAAAUUAGAUUCUCUGCCCAAAGGAAUGGCAGACCUCAGUUCACUACAUACCUUGAGUAUUACGGACUGCCCCUUGUUAUUGCCUAGGUGUCAACCGGAAACAGGUGAUGAUUGGCCACAAAUUGCACAUAUCAUGAAUAAAUCAGUGAGGGAGACUCCUCAAGAUUUAAGGGAGCUGUGAAAUCAAGCAAAAACUAUCGGACUGGCUUACCAAGUAAGCGAAUUAGCUAGAAAUCAUAGGUUUUAAUUAAAUUAUAUUUUUACUGAUGCUACUAUCAUGUGAACGUCAGCGGAGCUAUGCAUGCAAUUGAAAUAGCUUCAAAAAAAUUGUUGGAUCUAUCUUUCGUUGGAAACAAAUGUUCAAUUGGUUACUCUUGCUUUCAAGAAUCAUGAUUUUGUUUUCUUGAAGGUUGAGAAACGGGUGGUUGAAUUGUGAUGAAUUAACUUGGAAUAUGCGUUUCAUCAUUUAUGAUAUCCAUAGAGAAGGAUUAUGGUUUUGUUCUACAUCAAUUCUUGUGUUUCAAAUUUAAUUUGCCAUAAUAGGUUAGGACUUCCUGAUUAUUGUUUUUGUUGAUGUUUUAUUUUAGACAAGAGUUUAGUCUUUUGUUUGCUUUGCACUCUUUUUUCCUUCACCAUGAUUUUAUCCUAUUGGAUUUUUCUGGUAAGGUUUUUAACGAGGCAGGUGUUGUUUAUUUUUUUGGUUGUUUACUUUGGGUUUUGGCCUAGUCCCCCCCAAUAAUUAUAAUUUUACUUCUUUUUAGUUUGAAUAAAUUUUUAGGGUAUUACAAAUAUCAUACUUAUACCUUACAUACCUAUUGAUAGUGUUUGGAGAUUGCUUUAAAUUUAUAGAAUAAUGUAUCUCCUUUUUACUAUUCUACAUUAUACAGUCUUUGAAGUUUUUUGAGCCUCAAUUAUAAGAAAAUGAUGUACUCCUACCUUCUUAAUUUUCCUUCGUUUGAUAAUCAAUCCAAAUUGAAAGAGAUGCACACAUUCUACAAGAACUUGCACGAAAAGAACAAGUGAUCCAUCAAGGCUUUCGUCUGCAAUAUCAAAAUAGAAUAUUUAUCAACUCUCUUACCUGUCUAUAUUCUCCUCCAAAAUAAUUCGAUUCUUGUUCGAAUAUGGUUUUGUAGCAAAGACGAUACAAACACUGCAAUCUUAGACAGUAUCUGACUUUCCCACACCCUUUUAUAAGCCUUCAACAUAUCAUCAUGAAUUUGCAUAUAAAUCUUUGCUUCUACCAGCAAGAUUUUAACUCUAGGGACAAGAUAUUAGGGGUGACAAGAUUAAGUUAUCAUGUUCUAAUGACUUUUCAAACAAUAGAUUGAGACAAAAUAUGAUAACUUAUCAUAUCAUGUCUCUUAUGUCAAAUGCUAUUUGGAUAGAGGAGACAUUCAUGAGCAUCAAAUCAACUGUAACAUGAUGGAUUCAAGAUAUGAGUAUUCUCAAUAUACUUUGAUGUCCUAAAUUAAUGUAAUUAGAUCAUUACAUAACAUGAAACUACGAUAUGUAUGUUUAAUAGUUUCUAAAAAGGAAUGCAUUGUGCUUGUGACUGUGACUGUGUUAGCUGCAGUAACCAUUGGGAGCAUGGGAUUCAUUGUUUCUGAAAUGUAAAGUGGCUAAAGAAGUCUGGCUGGAGUUGAGCCUGUACAUGGAAUAUCAUAAGUCCUUUUGUGUAGCUUAUGGUGGAGGAGGAAUGACAUAAUUUGGGAGAAUGUGAACCGGUCCACCAUAGAGGUUUCUAGCAGAGCUAUAACAGUCCUACAGGACUGGAUAUCUGUCUGUCAAAGGAGCAGACCAGCAGCAGAUUGCUGAAAUCAUGCGAUGGGAAAAGCCAAAAUUCGGGACCUUAAAAUGUAAUGUAGAUGCAACUUUGUUUGAAGAUGAAAACAGCUUCAGUUGCGGCAUGUGUAUUGAUAAUGAUUAGGGAGUUAUGGUCCAAGCACGGACUGCGUGGUUUAUAUAGGAACAGCUUCACCAAGUGAAGCUGAAGCAAACAGUUUAUUAGAAAUUUUAGUAGUUAGUUACUUUGUUCUACAAGUUUAUUAGAGAAACGAACAAUGUUUGUUAGUUUGAGACCUGUUAGUUUUGUCAGUUUACUUGUUUAGCAAGUAACUGGUUGUAUGCAUAAGAGAUUGUUUGUUUGCAUAAUUGAGAGUUUUGGUCCAA